AUGGACGAUCAUGAAGACCCAGGAGAAGAUGAAGAUCCAGGUGAAGAUGAAGAAGAUGAUGAAGAAGCUGAGGCAGAAGAGCAACUCCCCCGCAAAAAGUGUCAGCGUGAGGAUUACAUGGACUUAGACCCAGCUGAGCGAUGCAAGCGCUGCCGUUUUGAUUAUCUCCUUGACAGGCUGGAGUCCGGAAAGGUCUACAAAGAUGAUCGAGUUCAGGUGUUGUACCAUAAAGGUGCUCAGUUUACUCCUCAGGCAAUAGGAGUAUUCUCGCAGCCUAUGCAGUCAUUGCAGCUGGGUCUACGCAGCACGAGAAAGCACGCGGCUAGCAGUGAUAGUGCAGAGCAGGGGUAUACCCCUGGGUACUUUAAGGCAUACCCCUACCCUUACCCUCCAAGGGUACAUACUCUUGACCAGGGCUCUCCUGCAGAGCUUCAAGAGCUUCAGUAUACUUAUGAGGCAAUCCUGGAUAUUAUACCUGGACUCAAGGAUAACCUCAAUUUAUUCAUGGAAGACCCAACGGCACUUAUGGUCCUGGGAAAUUAUCUUGAUGGGUGGAUGCGCAGUGCACGCUCGGAUGAUAUAGGUGCCCUCAAGCAACGGAUCAUCAGCCACAUACCGAAGUUGGCCGAAUACCCAAUUCUCGAUCCGAAGGACCCAAAGUGGGAGCGCGGAUUUGUCAACAUCACCACGGGGCGUCUCUUGUGCCCCCAGAGCAAGCUUGAAGACUUCAAGCAAGGCCCGAACGACUUCUGUCGGCAAGUCCGAGAUGGCAAGAUCGAGAUUCUGUCAGACGACUUUCCCUGCUUUCUGUACGAUCAGGAUGAGUACGACCCGGAGGAGUUAGAUGCUGGGCUGUUGAAGGGACCGUUACUGCUUGCAUGCUUCAAGUCUCUCUUCACUGGCCCUCGCACUGCUAAGAACUCAGCAACUGGAAAAGAGAAGGGUCCCGGACGUCCACUGCUCACGAAGAUCUACAAACUCUCGCGAGUCUCUCCACGCCACAUCGCCCAUGUUGCAGUCAUAGUUCAUUUCAUUCUCACAAGCCAAGACAAGUGGUCGACACUAGAUGGCAACUUCCACGGUGAAAAAUUCUUCAACGCUAUAUUGAAUCUCUUCGACGAUGAUCCUGCAUGGGCAAAGGAAACCAUUGAGUGGUGGGACCGGGAAGUAUACGGAAUGACUUCAUAUGGUGACGACACUGCCGCAGGAACUUCUCGCGUCUCUGGCACCAUUUCGCGACUCGCAGCGCAACGUGCAGCUCGCGCACGCCGUAGCGAUGCUCCGUAG